AUGAGAGCGCUGGUUGAGAAUGAGAAGCUGAAAGGGAAAUUGGAGGCGUAUGAAUGCAUGUUGGGUGCAGGUGUUCCUGGUGGGCCUACUACAGGGCCAGCUGCGUCCGUUGUAACUUCAGCUUCUGUUCCUGUGGCUGGUUCGUCGGUGCGACCUCCGGUAGUUAGUGCUCCGACGGUGGAAAUUUGGUCAGUGGUGGUGAGAGAUAAGAAGAGGGGCUCUGGAAGGGAGGUGGCGGAUGAAGUGGGACCCACGCUGAAAGUCCGAGUUCCCGAGGUGAAGGCUAUGAAAUCCGGUAGUCAGGAAUAUCUCGAAAAUAAAAACCUUGACCAGGACGGCGACGACACGCCCCGAGGCUGUUGCAGUUGCUGCGCUAAAUUCUGUAUGCCAUGUCGUCGGUCACGCUGCUCCCGCUGCUGUCAACGUAAACGCAAGAAUAAACAUGAUGAGGCCACACAGCCGGUACUUUCCGCUACAAGUAGUGCCACCACAACCAAUUUACAGUUAGUCGAUGAAAAGGACAGUGCGACGCCGAAAACUUCAUGUUGGCAAAAAUUAAAUUGCUGUCGAAGUUGUUGUAACAAGAAAUCCAAAGAUAGGGUGAUCGAAAGGAAACCAACCCCAGCGCCACCGAUACGGUCGUCUAUGGGACCACCCAAACAAAGUCGUUGUGGUCUAUGUUUGAGUAAAAUAUUCUGUUGUCGUUCGGUAAAUAAAAUCGAUCCGAAAACGGGCGAUGAGACUGAGGUGAAGAAAUGCUGUUUCUGUAUACCGUGUCGUAAGAAACGUCAACAUUCGGCGGCUGGCUCCAUGGCAGGAUCAACUGUGGCCUGGCAAGACCCGGAGGCGGGUAUAACGCCAACGGAUGCGGCGAUUUUGGAGGGUCAGGAUGUGAUCGAGAAACAGGGCUGUUGCAAACGCUUUUGCAACUUCUUGCUGUGCUGCCGCAAGAAAAAGGUAGCCGUCUCCGAUAGUCGAAGGCAAAGCAUUCGGGCUCCUCCACCAGAGGAUACCCGUCGUAAAUUACAUGUGGACCUGGUCGAGUAUACAUCGAAAAUGAAGGGAGCCAUACCCGUACUACCUCUUUGUUUGGCAUGGUUUUGUGCCAUAUGUAAUAUUCUGAUACCAGGAUUGGGGACCUUAUUAUCCGGCUUCUUCUGCGUUUGUGUUGGCAUACCUCGAUUUUCCCACUACGACAGUGCCAAGGCCCGCCUUGGCUCCCUGAUCAUCAACAUCAUUGUGGGUAUGGCCCAAUUCUUUUGUGUUCUCUUCUGUUUUGUCGGCUGGGGCUGGAGCAUAUGGUGGGGUACAAUAAUGCUGAAGUGUGCAAAGAAACUUAGCAAAAUACGCAAGGUGGAGCGCCUCGAAAUGGAGGAGGAAAAAAGACAGGCCGCUGCAGCUGCUGCCACUGCCGCGGCGGCUGCAGAGGGUACCAAAUCAUAA